GAUCCAUACUGGGACUCGUAUCCCUCAAAACCCUAAAUCGGAAGCAUCGAAUCCAUACGCAAACGGUGAGAAGGAGGGCAACGAGAGAUCUCACGCUGUUGCAUUGAAGCUGAAUCGAAGGUGCUCUCUUUUCCACCGUUCCUCAUCGUCUUCGACCACGAUAUGGAGGCAUUAUGUCGAAUCAAGAGUGAUGGAGCUACUGCCUUUUUCUCCAUGGUGGAGUUGCUGGUGGCGAGGUCCGUAUUGGUAACAGAACGGCUUUUUCUCCUUUGGCUUCUUCUGACGGUAUCAGUUGAAGCUGCCCCCGUCAGUGAAGAGGUGAAAGCUAUUUUUGGAAUGAUUCGAAGAGGCAAACAUGAAGCUGUCCUGGAGAACAAGGAUGACGAUUAUUCAGAUGUCAAUGACGAUGAGGAUGAGAAUGAUGAGGAUGGAGAUGAUCCAGAAGACGAUGGAGGCGACGAUGAUUUCUCCGGAGAAGAGAACGACAAUGAAGGAGAUGGGGAAGAUGGACCCGAGGCCAAAGGUGGAGGAAGUGAAGAGGAAGAUGCCGACGAUGAUGAUAAUGACGAUGAUGAAGAAGAGGAAGACGAUGAAGACGAAGAAGAGGAAGACGAUGAAGAAGACGAGGAGCUGCAGCAGCCACCGACAAAGAAGAGGAAGUGAGGUGCCUUGCUGCAUUUUUUGGGAGGUAUCUGGUGAUUCUGGUCCUUGUAGGGGUUUUCUUUCUUUCUUUCUUUCUAUUUUUGCUAAUGUUGACAUGGAAGAAGAUUUAGUGUUUGGGUGGGAGUAGAUGCAGUUGGAUAUUAGGUAGAUAGGGAUGACCUCCUGUGUACUAAAUUUGAUCUUAUUCUGUCUUUUAUGGUAAACAUGCUACUUACUACCUGUAGACAUUUGUGAUUCUUGGCGUUUGGUUUGUGUUUUUUGA